CAAGGGCAAAUAAGUCAAAAACUAAUUUCUUGUCAAAGUUUUCCAAAAACCUAAAAAGAAGCUCCUUCCCACAAAGGUGAAUGUUACAGGAGAGAGAAUCAAUAAACUAAGAAAAACCCCAGGAGAGGAAAAGGGGGUAGAAAAUAAAAGAAAAAAGAAGAUAUAUUUCGUAAAGCAAAUUUUGCGAAGUAUAGAUUUUAAUUUUGGGUUUUUUUUAAUUGAAUUCUUCAUUUCAAUUUUCGCUCAAAAAUUUCUCUUUUGGGUAAUUUUUCUUUCCUGGAAAAAAGAAAUUUGAAAUUCGGAGAUAUGAGUACUGGGGAUCUUGUUCAUAUUGAACCUACCGAGCUCAAAUUUCCUUUUGAAUUGAGGAAACAGAGUUCUUGUUCUAUGCAUUUGACAAACAAGACGGACCAAUAUGUCGCGUUUAAGGUUAAAACAACAAAUCCCAAAAAGUAUUGUGUGCGCCCCAAUACUGGGGUUGUGUUGCCUGGAGGAACAUGUGAUGUUACAGUUACGAUGCAAGCCCAGAAAGAAGCACCGGCGGAUUUGCAAUGCAAGGACAAAUUUCUAGUUCAGAGUGCUACAGCACCUGAUGGCAUUACAGCAAAAGACAUAACUUCUGAGAUGUUUAACAAGGAUGAUGAGAGAAUUGUGGAGGAGUUCAAGUUGAGAGUUGUUUACAUUCCUGCCAAUCCUCCCUCGCCAGUUCCUGAAGAAUCAGAGGAAGGUUCUCCACCUCGUGAAGAUGUAAAUGAACAUGUUUCACUAGCAUCAGCCGUAACAAGAUCUCUUGAAGGGUCUAAAGCAAAAGAUUCUGAGGCACGGUCUCUGAUAUCGAAGUUGACCAAUGAGAAAGCUUCUGCCAUUCAACAGAAUCAGAAGCUUCGUCAAGAAUUGGACAUGAUGAAAAGAGAAAUCAGCAGAAGGCGUUCUGGUGGUGUGUCCUUGUAUCUUGUGGUGCUGAUCGGUAUUCUCGGGAUACUCCUCGGGUACUUGGUGAAGAGAACAUAGGAACAAUAUAUGUGAAUUGCAUAUCCUGGAGGCUGACAUGAAUGUGCAGAUUAUCAAUCUACUUUCGUUGAAUGCGUCUUCUUAAGGUCUUUACAAUCGUCAAAUUGUAAAAAAAAAAGGAAUUGUAGCGUUAGAUCUGGUUUCGUGCAUCAACUAGCACUGCUUUCCAUUAUGAAUGUGUUUUGAGGGUGGGGGGAGGGGAAAUCUUAUAUUAGGUCUUUUUGUACUUCAGCACUCUGUUUCCGCUAGAGAUAGUCUAGUCCUAUGCUUUACUUCUCGGCUGACGAUCUUCCAUUCUCAGGCUCUGUUUCUCGAAAAAGGGCGAAAAGGCGAACAAACUCUAGGGGAAAUUGCCAAUUCAACCCUUUCAUCACCCAUUUUCUGAACUGACGCUUUUCUUGGAUGAUUUUUUUUGUUAUGUAGUAUUGGUUUGAUUUGACUGACUCCAAAUGAAUAAGUGAGAAUAGCUUACGAUCAAAAAAAAAGCAUUUUGCGGAUGUCCUUUUUUAAGGAGUCUACUCUCCAUUACAGUGUUUAUGCUUGCA